GAUGGGAGAGAACUUACCCGACAAACCACGCAAAUUGCAGCGUCUGCGCAAGGUUGGUGAGCCUCACGGUCAGCGGCUGAGCGGCAGGGGGAGCUGCGGCGGCGGGAGUCGACAUCUCUUCCGCUCUGGCUGGCUUUUGUGUAUGUGUUGUUAUUGGGUUGUGGAUUGGGUGUGUGUGUGUGUGUGUGGGGAUAAAAGUUUGUCGCAGCUGUUGAUGGGAGAAGGAGGAAGGAAGUAGAAGAAGAAGAAGAAGAAGAAGAGGAGUAGAGGAAGGAAGGAAGGAAGGGGAUGAUGACGGGAGAGGGGGGGCUAGCGAAGGAACCGGAAAGCAUGCAAGUGGUGGCUUGUCCACCGACCGACCUUCGACCUAACUACGGAGGACUAACGUCACCCACUGCGACCCACUCUCACGCAGUUGCACCCACCCAACUCCCAACCCAUCCUGCGAGGCCAAUGAGCAGCACACCAAUCAUCCAUCCAGGAACCAAGCAGACAUCACUCACUCAUGCCACCUUUCCUCUUCUCUUCUCUUCUUUUCUCUCUUUUCUUUUCUCUUCUCCGUUUUUUGUUUCCAGCAUCCCCAUCCCGAUCCAUUUUUUCUCUCUCGCUCGUGUGCUUUUUUUUUCUUCCCAUCCGCAUCCGAACCGUGCCCACGCCAGCCAUGCCAAGGAGCGCCACACUCUCGCUCCAGAUGAAGCCACAGUGACGUUUUCCUCUCGUCUCCGCCUAGCCAUGCAUCGCACACGAGCCAUCACUGCUAAACUGUCAAACUGCGUCGCCUGUUCCCAUUCUCGCACCGAGCUCGUCUAUCAACUCGCUCGCCUGCCAAUCCACGCUCGCCUGCAACGGUGCGAGGCUGCAACGGUUCAAGGCUGCAAGGCUGCAACUAUGUCACGAGAGGCAGAGGGAGAGUGUCUACAAAUAGCAUCACUCGAUAGUCGACACAUAAUACAUAUUGUCCAGUGCCCACAUCCUUCACAUGCAAUAGUUACGGUCCAGUGGUCCGUGCCAACACAUCACCUCCCACAUAACAUCUCCUCCUACAUGCAUCCAUACCUACUCUGCAUAGCACUAUAGCACCUACAUACCUGCGAUCACGAUCCUACGCAUCCGUCUACUCUUUUUUCUUCAUAUGCAUAGGGUAUCAUAUCACGAUUCACGAUCCCUCAUCACCCCCACAUUGCACAUUGGGCACAGUACGCAGAAAUUUUUGGAUAAAACGUUUCUCACACGCACACACACACACAGCACACACAGAGUUUCACACUUACAGCACAAAAAAAAGACCCGAAAGAAAAAAAAAAGAAAAGAGAAAGGAAAAAAAAGAAUAACUGCGUUAUACUAAACGUUGUAAACCAAGAAACAUGGCAUAGGUAUCGGGUGAGUUAGGGAGGACGAAGCAAAGCAAACAAAAAGGUAAAAAGCAAAGUACAGAGGGAAUAAAAAAAAAGGGUAAUAAACAAGA